AUGUCUGCUCCAACGCUAAACUCUACCAUCGGUGCCAUUGAGAUUGGAAUCCUCCUUGGCUUCGGUUUCAUGGGUGCCAUGGUCGUCCAAGCGUAUACAUACUACCAGUCUGACUUUAGCGACACCAAGCCUUUGAAAGCUUUGGUGGGUGCUUAUUACGGGAGGACCGUGCUAGAGAUCGUCCAUACCGCUUUCAUAGGUGUAUACGUCUACACCUCUACAGUAACCCAUUUCGGUGAUCUUGCCGCCUUGACCAUCGCGGAGUGGAGUCUCGGGUUUUCUAUCCCAGUCGCUAACCUAGUCAUGGUACUCGUGCAGAGCUUCUUCGCCUAUAGGGUGCACUGUCUGUCCCAACGUUGGCCCAUAACCAUCAUUUCCUGGACAGGAUCAUUCGUCCGGAUCGUGUGCGCUCUGUCUAUCUCCAUAAUCUCACAUAUCGAGAAGGAACUUCCGAUCUUCAUCGACAAGUUUCGGUGGCUCGUUAUUACGCUGCUGGUCGUGGGGACCGCGGUGGAUUUACUGAACAUGGUCGCGUUGUGUUAUUAUUUGUAUCGUGCGAGGUCGGACAUCAUGAAGUCUCGUAAAACCUUGGAGAGAUUGUUGCUGUGGACUAUCGGUGCGUUAUCUCGACAUUGUCUCGCUGGAGCAAUAGUGCAAAUAUACUGA